AUGGCCCGGUUACCACUCUUUGUGUUGAGUGUACUAUUUCUUAAAAUAGUGAACGCGGACAUAAGAACGAUUAUUAAGAACGUAAAUGUACGUAAAGAUCUUCAACACGUAAUUAUUAACGUGCUUAAUGACGUAGUUAAAAGGAAUGACGUCACUUGCGUUACGGCUAUUACAGAUGAAGUCUACCUAAACAUCUUUGAAGGGGCGUUCUUCAAAAGAACAUACCCUGUACCAUUUGUCACAAUAGUGGUUGAAGAGCACGAAGACUUGUUAUCACCAAGUACUGAAACUCUCGAAUCCAUGGCGAGAGCAAAAAAAGAUGGAUGCAAUGUGUAUUUCAUUAUUUUGGCUAACGGCUUGCAAGUUACUCGGCUUCUGACGUUUGGCGAUAAAUAUAGACUCCUAGACACACGAGCCAAAUUUGUGAUGCUACACGACAUCAGACUGUUUCACAGCGACUACCAUUACUUAUGGAAGCGAAUAGUCAACGUUAUCUUUAUCAAACACCAUAAAAAGGUUGUUGGAAAGUUACGGAGUAAACCCUGGUUUGACAUAUCCACCGUUCCUUAUCCUAAUCCGAUAAAGGGAAUCUUUGUUCCACGGAGAGUAGAUGUUUGGAGAAACGGCAGAUUUCAAUACGGGAAAGAAUUGUUUUUCGACAAAACAAGCAAUUUGAAUGGAGAGGUUUUGAACGUGGUUUAUUUGGAGCAUGUUCCAUCUGUGAUGGUUAUGAAAUUUAAUGAAUCGAAUAAAGUCAGUGGUGUAGAAGUUGAGAUUCUCAAUACACUAUCCCAAAAAAUGAACUUUCAGCCAAAGCUAUACCAAUCGUUGGAUUCUGAUCUCCAAAAAUUGGGUGAAGAACAAGAAAACGGCUCGUACUCUGGCCUCUUGGGUGAGAUGGUCAACGGCAAAGCAGACAUUGCUCUAGGCAACCUCCAGUAUACUCCUUACCACCUGAACUUGACGGAUUUGAGUAUACCAUACACUGCGCAAUGCUGGACCUUUCUGACACCGGAAGCUUUAACUGAUAACUCUUGGAAGACCUUGAUUCUACCUUUUAAGUUGAACAUGUGGAUCGCUGUUCUGUUAGUGCUCUUAGUAACAGGUGCAAUUUUUUAUGGAUUAGCUUAUUACUAUCUAAACUUAGUUGACUUUAGAGAGAUUUCGAAGAAUUCUGCAAAUAAAAGCAAGAAGAAACUGUGCGAUACGAAACCAGUCGGGCUCUAUUUGUUCGGCGAAAUAACAAAUAGCAUUUUAUACACAUAUGGUAUGCUUCUGGUCGUAUCUUUACCCAGAUUACCCUCAGGAUGGUCGAUUAGACUCCUCACCGGUUGGUACUGGCUUUAUUGCAUACUCUUAGUGGUCUCGUACCGGGCGAGUAUGACAGCUAUCCUCGCCAAUCCAGCGCCGAGGGUAACAAUCGACACUUUGAAAGAACUGGUCGAUAGCAGAUUGGCCUGCGGUGGUUGGGGAAGCGAGACUAAGAAGUUCUUUCAAGAAUCCUUGGACGAAACGGGUCAAAGAAUUGGUGAGAACUUCGACAAUGUGAACAGCCCUGAGGAAGCAGCUAGACGUAUCGCUCAAGGUGCUUUUGCGUAUUACGACAGCUCCGAUUUUCUGAAGUACCUCAGUGUUAGAAGGAAGGCAAAUAUGACGAUUUCUGCCGGCAAUUUCACGGUUAAUGACACAGAAGAACAUAAUGAAAGGAGCCUACAUAUUAUGAGCGACUGCGUCGUAAAUGCCCCGAUCUCUAUUGGGUUUCAUAAAAAUUCUCCUUUAAAACCUCUCGCUGACGAGUAUCUGAAGCGAAUAGUUGAAGUAGGACUCGUAGGGAAGUGGCUUAAUGACGCCAUGUACAAAAUCAGAUCAUUAGACAAAACUGAGGAAGAGAUUAAAGCAUUGAUUAAUUUAAAGAAGAUGUAUUGUGCGUUCAUAGCCCUGGCUAUAGGUUAUAGUUUGAGUCUGUUAUGCCUUUUAGCUGAAUAUGCUCAUUGGAAUUUUAUAGUAAAAAGAGAUCCCAAUUUCGACAAAUACAACUUAGCCAAGUACUAUGACAAUAAAAACAAAAGACAGUAG